GCCUCUGGUGACAUUUUCUCCGGGCGGCGCGGACGAGUGCUGGGGCUAGGUGGCGGCGGACCCUGCGGAGGCGGCGAGGUUCCCUGUGGCCCCGGCGGGGCUCUGACUGCAACUCUCCGCUCGCCGCCGGGGCCUGUGCUGAGGAGCAGAAGGCGGCGGCGGCCGUCGCGGCCCGAGUCACCGCGGCCCGGAGAGCCCCGGCCGGGUCGGUGCGUGCCCCGACGGGGCGCGCGGGGCGGGCGAGGAGGUGCGGCGCCGCCGCGGAGCGCAGGGAUGGACCCUGCAACCUUGGCAUAACAGGAAGAUGCUCUAAACAACUGAACUACCCGGCCAGGGCUGAUGAUGUUUUUCCUUGCACCUGACUAACAUACUAUCUAGCUUAAUAUUUUGUCUGUGACCUAUGGAACAUUAUGAUAAUUGCCUUCUUUAACAUCACAUAUUAUAGAGUUGCUUUCCUGUUGCAUCUUUGACAUAGUUUCCCUGACCCUGCUCCAUGAUUAAUUCAAAAGUGUGAAAUGAAAAUGGAGGAGGCAGUGGGAAAAGUCGAAGAACUUGAGUCUGAAGUCCCACCAAAAACAUCCAAACAAGAGACAACUAAAGAGGAAGAUGGAUCUGUAGAACUGGAAUCUCAAAUUCAGAAAGAUGGUGUAGUGGAUUCUGCAGUUCUUUCUUCAAUGCCUUGCUUGUUGAUGGAACUGAGAAGGGACUCUUCUGAGUCUCAGUUAGCAUCCACAGAGAGUGACAAGCCGACAACUGGCCAAGUUUAUGAGAGUGACUCCUCUAACCACUGCAUGCUUUCCCCUUCCUCUAGUGGUCACUUGGCUGAUUCAGAUACAUUGUCUUCUGCAGAAGAGAAUGAACCCUCCCAGGCAGAAACAGCUGUAGAAGGAGAUCCUUCCGGCGUGUCUGGUGCCACAGUUGGGCGCAAGUCUCGACGGUCCCGAUCUGAAAGUGAAACGUCUACUAUGGCUGCCAAGAAAAACCGGCAAUCCAGUGAUAAACAGAAUGGCCGAGUCACCAAGGUUAAAGGUCACCGGAGCCAAAAGCAAAAGGAGAGAAUCAGGCUACUGAGGCAGAAACGGGAGGCUGCUGCGCGUAAGAAAUAUAACCUGUUGCAGGACAGUAGUACCAGUGAUAGUGACCUGACUUGUGACUCAAGCACGAGCUCAUCAGAUGAUGAUGAAGAGGUUUCAGGGAGCAGCAAGACAAUCACUGCAGAGAUACCAGAUGGACCUCCAGUUAUAGCUUAUUAUGAUAUGUCUGACACCAGCUCUGACCCAGAAGUGGUAAAUGUGGACACUUUAUUGGCGGCUGCAGUAGUUCAAGAGCACAGUAAUUCUGUAGGAGGCCAGGACACAGGAGCUACCUGGAGGACCUGCGGGCUUCUAGAGGAGCUGAAUGCGGAGGCAGGUCAUUUGGAUCCAGGGUUCCUAGCAAGUGACAAGACAUCUGCUGGCAGUGCACCACUCAAUGAAGAAAUUAAUAUUGCCUCUUCAGAUAGUGAAGUGGAGAUUGUGGGAGUUCAGGAACAUGCAAGGUGUGUCCAUCCUCGAGGAGGUGUGAUUCAGAGUGUUUCUUCAUGGAAGCAUGGGUCGGGCACACCGUAUGUUAGCAGCCGGCAGACACAGUCAUGGACUGCUGUGACUCCCCAGCAGAACUGGGCUUCACCUGCAGAAGUUGUUGACCUUACCUUGGAUGAGGAUAGCAGACGUAAAUACCUACUGUAAUUCAAUGUCACUGUGUUCCUCCGCACUGUUCCCUUCCACUCCCUCCUCCUCCUCUUUGUGACAUGGAAGUUCAUUGUCAUAGCUUCAGCCUCAGAAGCUGUGUGUGGCAUUUGUAUAAUCAAAAAUCAUGGAAAGUUGCUCCCCUCCUUUUUCUUUUUUCUUUUUUUGUAAAUCAAAAGAAGUCACUUAGGAAAAUAAUGUAAUCACAGAGAAAAAGAAUUUCUUCUUUCCCUCAGUAGGAAUAUGAGAAUGAUGACUUUAUUAGACAACUUCAUUUUACUUGGUGACCUUUUUCUUAGGAAACUUUGCCCUCCUUUUAAUUACCAGGUGACAUGAAUUUCAGUGUUUGAAUCUUAUAUUUAUUUUUCUGUGUAAUAAAAUUAAUAUCUAGACUUGACCACUGUCAGCCCACCCAUUGGCACUCCCACCUUAGGGCAUUUGCACACAUAUUAGUCAGGUCCUUAUUGGCACCUACUAGGGCAUGUGCAUUUGAUACUUGUCCUUAGAAAUAGAAGACAGAGUAUUAUUUUCUUUUAGCUUAAGUCUUCUAACUUCUUUCUGACUUCGCUCCUGGCUGACUUCCCACAACACAGAUAAUUGACAUGUCCCUUUGUGUUUAUAAAUACUGCUAAGGUGACUUAGUAUGUCUCUUUAUUGCAAUAAUUCAUAACUCUUUGGAAAAUGUCUCCUUUUGUGGUUGAGGCAUUUCAGAUAGAUACCCACCACAAGGCUUUUUGGGCAUAUGAAGAGAAUACUGAGAGAUCAGUAAGAAAAAUCUCUUGCCCUGAACUUUUUCCUGGUUUAUUCAAAUAACGGGCAAACAUGGAAACCUGUUACUUAGGUAGAAUAUAGAGUUUUGUGGCUUCUAAGGCUUUUGGGCACUUGCAAAUCUGAGAGGAAAGUGCCUUUUUCAUAGCUGGUCUCUCUAUAAAGGAUGUACAACUGUUCAAACUUGAGCUGAAAUUGACCUGAUUCUAUCUAUAUUUGGGUAUUUUUCUCCAAUACCGUCUAAAAUUAGAAAAACCAAAAUGCACCAUAAGAAAUGAGAUACAAGCACAUUAAUGGCACUGUAGGUUUUACAGUAUCUAAAAGGUAUGGCAAAGAAUAGUAGGAGCUUCAGGGAAUUCAGGAAAUACCAGUGUUGGAGUUUGUAGCAUUAGUUACUACCUUUUUCCUCCAACAUGUAGUUACUAGUGCAAUUAGUUUACAAACAAUACCUAGAGUUAAAACACUAUGUACUGUGCACAAGGAGGAAUGAAGUAAUAUUGGCUUAGAAGACCUCCUUUUGUUUCUCCACAGUUUUUGUUAGUCUUUUUUUUGUGUGUGUGUGUGGGGGGGCACACUUUGGUUCCAUUUUUACUAUAUAAUAUUGCUUAAAGCCUUUUGCCUCCCUCCCUAGAUACCUUGCUGGCUCUUCUUUAUCAUAAGAGCAUGAGAACUACUGUUUCUUAGUUUCAUUCAGUGGACACUUAUUUAGUAAGUCCCCAUUUCACAUAAGGCACUCGCAGGUUGGGUGCUGUGGGGCCGCUGAGAUAAAUGAGAUACCCCCUGUGUGUGCAUGCACCCGAAGACCCCACCGGCCUGGCUCCACCUGCCUGUUUUGAAAGACUCAAUUGUUCCUUUACCCUUCUUUCUGCUGCCUUACUUCCAUGCACCUCUUUCCUGGGAGUGUCUUUAAGCAUGUGUUCUUCGAGCUUCUCUGAUGUCUCAUUUGAUCUGGCCUCUGUUCUUCAUCAACUUUUUAUUUUUCUGUCAAUCUUACUCUUAAUAGAUCAAGCCUUUAAAAGAUCACUAACUUCCAGUUUUAGCCUCAUAUCUCAAGUCUCUCACAUGGCUACAGUUCUAGACAAAAACCAAAGACCCAGAGGCCAGAGUGAAAUAGGACCUUCUGCAGAUUCACUUCACAUUUUACUUUAGGAUUAAUUUAUUAAAUUUUACUGUUACACGUUGUUUGUGACUUGAAUUAAAAUACUAGACAAAGCAGAAAUGUACAGUUUCUGGCCUGUGUGUUCCAGGAAAAUCAUUAGAAAAGAAUAGAAUGGAUUAUUUGACUUGGAAGUUUUUGCAGCUUAUUUUGUCCCCAAUAUCAGGGCAGAGCUCAGUUUUAAAGAAUAUUUUGCAUUACAUACUCAUAUUAAUAUGUUUGUCCAGUUCUAUACAGCAGGUGAUUUUCCAUGACAUAUUUUCUUUAGCUCCUAAUAGUCAUUCUCUAAAGAGAAUUCUUUGAGUGUGCUGUGUGCACUGCAGAUUGAGAGCAGAGUGAAGUUGUAACCAAGCUUUUUCUGGCCUUUGCUUUAUAGCAGGCUGCACUUUGCCCUCACCUGUGCCUCUUCCAGCACCCGGCCUCCUGAGUUGAUGCACCAGAACAGAGAUUUAGAAAUUAAGAUGCAAAAAAGGAGAGGAGAAGGGAUGGUAGAGACAGUCAUCUUUUCUUCCUCCUAGUUUGGAACUUUCCCACCUAUUAACAAUAGAGAGACUAUGCUUCAACUCCUCUUUCAUUGCCAGAUCCAGUAGAGCAGGGAUGUAGUUUCUGGCAAGAUAUUAAUGACAAAAUUCUGUGGUAAACAACAACUGUGACAUUUGAAAUUUCUUAUAAGGUGAUCUUUUUUAACCAAAAUUUUGCAUUUGGUAGCAUAAAUACUUUUUAUGCUUCAUAGAACAUUGUCCAUUCAAAAUAAUAUCUCUGCUAAAUGGUGUGCUUGGGUCACAGACUGUUUAUGGCACUAAUUUGGUUAAGUCUCCUCUCCAUCCAGUUUGAAACCACAGAGCAGUAACUAGCUAUUUAUUACAUCAUCACGACUGCCUGUAACAUGUAAUUGCUGCUCACUGUAGUUGUCCUUUCGUUUUGUUGGAAGGAGCCAGACUGAAUGGACUCUCCAUUAUCCUUUACAAUUGAGCAUCCCAUAAACUGUUGUUAUUAUCAGUUGUGAAUAUGAACUGUCUGAUUUGCUAAUUUAGUCAAUUGUUCAUUGUUACUUUGAGCAGAUUAGCACCAUAGGUAACUUCAAAAUGAAUUUGUUGCCUGCUUUUUUGUACUGUGUCACAAAGUUUUUGAAAAAGCUGGGGACACAAUUUUGUCUUUUAGUUUAACUUUUUUUUUUUUUUUUUAAGGCAAAAAGCCCUAAUCCCUGUUUUCCAGUAUGUGUAUGAUGUGACUUCCAUGUAUAUAUAAAAAUGAUUGCACCCUAACCAAACUUCCUCAGAUUGUGCACUGUUUGUUUAAAAUAAUCACAUAUUUUAGUCCAAUGCUGUUGUAUUUUUUCAUUUUAUUUAAAACACUAUGUACCUAUUCUUUAACAAACUUUAAAGGGUAGUAAUCUUUAAAAAAGUCACUGGAUAACUAGGAAAUAUUUUUGUUGUUGUUUUGUUUUUGUUUUUUUAAAAAGAGUACAAAGGUCAUUGAAGCCUUUUGCUCCUCUUACCGUGAAAAUGAAAUGUUAGCCAUUGUAUGGCUAGGAAUCAAUGCACUUGGUGGUUAACAGAUCUGCUGUUGCUGGAGUGUGAGUGUGAACUUGAUGCAGUGACGACAAAUCAUUGCUUAGAAUUAUCUUUUAAAAUGUGCAACUCUAGUUUUUAAAACAAAAUUUGGUUCUUCUUUACAUUCAUAUUUAGUUUUUGUUUCCAUUUAGUAUUUAAUGGUCUUCGGAGAAAAAAAUAAUAAUAAAACAGAGUGUUAUAUAUAUAUUUUUUGGUGCAAGAUAAGAUUUUCUGUUUUUUUUGAAAUAAGUCUGUAGCAUAAAGGUUAAACUAUUUUAAGACAAAAAUAAAAUAGAGUGUAUUUAAACAA